AAGCUGAGGCGGCCGUGGGGCGACCUGGGUUAGGGUCGGAGAGGGAAGGCGAGCGGCAGGCGGGAGAAAUGAAGCGGGGGAAGAAAGCUCGAGGAGCAGCCGCGGGGGCAGCCCGGGGAACCCCUCGAAGCAGCCUGUCUUCCUGACCCAAAGGAGACUGGCAGAUGGGACGGAACACGCCGAGAAGAAACCGUCCCAGGGGAGAAAAAAAAAUGAAGAAAAGGAGGGAUCGGGAGUUGUCUUGGGCGUUUUAUUUAUUUAUAUUUUAUUUAUCACGUUUGUAUUUCAUAUAGUCGCUUUGGGCGGUUUUAGAUUUACAGUCCUGCAGGAUCGCAGAUCUAGCUCCCCUUCACGCUCAGCUUCUGCUCCUGGAGAACUGGGGAAUGGUGGAAGAAGAAGCGAUGAGUAGAGUAGCUUCUGUUGAUGAAGGAACUAAUGGAAGAGGAGGCUAUGACAAGAGAAUGAAAGCCGAAAGAGAGAGAAAACUUGGAAGGGCUAGAAGAAUAAGCAAAAGGAGCACAACGGGGAAAACCUGGUUAGAGACUUGGAGCAGCAAUUCCGCAAUGUCAUUGUGGAGAAGUUAAUAGACUACUAAAAGAAAACUCAACAUACAGGUCUUCUCAUCUGCUGGCUAAUUGUGUUGGAGGCAAUUGAAUUAAAUAGCUAUUCCAAAAGGAGGAGAAGAAACAUUUACAGAAGAGGCAGAUAUACCAUAGAAGAUGUCUAUGAUCAGUGCUUUGCCAUUUUUCAAAUCUCCUUAUCUCAGAUCUUCAAAAAACUCCCUUGUGGGCCAGCGUCGACACACUCUUCCUGUAAGUGAAUUCCGGUGUCUCACACCUGAAGAUGCCAUUGGAGUGUUUGAAAUUGAGAGAGAAGCCUUUAUUUCAGUGUCGGGAGACUGCCCCCUCCACCUGGAUGAGAUUCGCCAUUUUCUUAACCUAUGUCCUGAGUUGUCACUUGGCUUGUUUGAAGAAGGUCAACUAGUUGCUUUCAUUAUUGGCUCCCUCUGGGACCAGGAAAGACUCAGCCAGGAUGCGCUGACCCUACACAAGCCUCAUGGUACUAUAGUCCACAUACAUGUUCUGGCAGUACAUUGCACUUUCCGCCAGCAAGGCAAAGGAUCCAUUUUGAUGUGGCGCUACCUACAGUACCUUUGCUCCUUGCCCUGUGUGCGUCGAGCUGCAUUGAUGUGUGAGGACUUUCUCAUUCCCUUUUAUAUGAAGUGUGGCUUUAAAGUGCUAGGCCCCUGUGAGAUCACUGUUGGUUCAUUAAAUUUCAUUGAGAUGAACUGUGCUAUUCGGGCUCAUGCAUUUGUGCGCAGAAAUAGUGGCUGCUGAGAUAAUAUUUCCCCUUCCUGUUAAGUUAAAUCGCCAGGCUGUUGUUACUGUCAUUAAGUGUGAGUACAGGUUAUAAGUCACUUUUUCCAAGGCUAUCGUAACUUUGAACCAUGGUUAUAUGAACUGCCUUAAGUGGAUGACUACUGUACUUGCAUUAUGCAGAUUAGUAGCUUUAAUGCUAAGGCAGCAUAUAUUUUACAACAUAUUAAGUUAUAUACCCUUACAUAAAAUCAACCAGCAUAACAAGGUAUAGAAUUGCUCUCCAGUGAACAAAAAGCAAUAACUUACAGUAAGUUUUGUGUAAAUACACUUAGUUGCUUGAAUAAUAUGAAACUGAAAGUAACCAAUUUUAUGAGAUCAAAGUGCAGUUGAACUCCUCUUGUAAAAUAGAGCUGUUAUUGUUAAUGAACGAAACAUGAAAGGCAAAAUGCACAAUUUGUAAUGACUCUCUGCAGUACUCAUAACUGUUACUACCAAAUCUUAGAACUCAGUAGCUAUCACAGGGGUAGGCAACCUUGGCUCUUUUAUGACUCGUGGAUUUCAACUCCCAGAAUUCCUAUGCCAUGAUGUAAUCAAUAAGACUAUGACAUUGGGAAGUUAUUUUAUACAAUACAGCUAGGCUGAGAUUGUGACUGGGGGUGAUGGCAAAGGAUGAAUUAACUUCCAUUACUCAGUCACUCCACAGGUACACGAUUCAGAUAAUGAACACGAUUCCAAAAGCAGGGAGUAGGAACACUUCAAAAAAUUACUAGUCAGACAGUAGAUACCUGAAAGACAGCCACAGGGCUUUGUGAUACAUGUAUUUGUCAUAAU